AUGGCAUCGACAACCACCUCCGCCGCCUUGGAUGUCAUCAGGGGGGCGAUGCUGGAUGCGGUCAAAGCAACCGACUUCACGCCGGAGGACCUCCAGAGAAUUUUCAAGGAGCUGGGCGCCAGUCACGAGAAGCUUAGAGCCAUCAUGAAUGUGUGGUUCGGACCCAACGGCGGCUUCAGGCCUACCUUUGUUGAAGAAAAAGGUCACCCAUUCUCUGGGCUUCAAGACGUGGAAAUACUGACCACCUCGGACCCCCCUUCGGUUCAAACACCUGACCGCAUGUUUGACCUUGAAACCGGCAAUCUGGUCCAUCGUCCAGCAAUUGGGGAGCGAGGCCAGUACUGCAUGCUCUCCCAUCGGUGGAAGGGAGCAGAAGUCUCGCUCGGCGACAUUACACGGGCGCGUGGAAAGUACCUGGAGCGUGCUAAGGCCGGGCUACAAGCAAUGGGAACCGCAUCUCAGAGGAGUGACGUGCAGAUGUUGCUAGAGCAGUGCCAUCUCGACAUCUCCGCGCAAGAGGCAGCAGUGAAGGAGCUGUAUCUCGCCACACAGUCGUCGGGCACUUUAGAGACGUUCAGUCUGGCCAAUCUGCUGGACCGGCGACUCAAGGGUAAAAGUGCCGAAGGCUACCUGAACUGGGCUAAGGGUGAGGAGCACAAGAAAAGGGCCGAACUCAGGUUUGCCGAGAUGGAGAGCAAGAUCUUCAGCAACCUCAUCAGCAGCACUCGCAGGGCCAUAGAUGAUGCGGGCGGUGGACGCUUGCAGAUGCCUCCUGUGGUUCAGGAGAAAAAAGAAGCUCUCGACAAGGCAAAGAAGCAGGUGGAGAUUGCCGAGAAGCAUUACACGGCCGCUGUUGGGGAGAUCGACUACUUCAAGAACCAUUUCAUGCUCCGAGAUGCUGUUGACGAGAUUGUACCGCUUUUGGAGAAGUGGAAAUCCGCCAUCAAGAUUGACCGGAGUGUCAAGAAGGCAGGCGAAAUCUUCAAGACAAAGCUCUUUCGGCGACGCGAGAAGUGCUACUUGUGGAACGACACCUGUUGCAUCAACAAGAUGGAUUUUGGCGAGCUGUCGCAGUCGCUUUCUCUCAUGGGCGAUUGGUACGCAGAUGCCGAAUUUACUCUUGUCCAGCUGGAUAACAAAGUGCUAGAGGAUGACGAGUGGGAUGCUUCAGGCACCGAUGCUGCACAGGACUGGCGUGAGUUCCAGAAGGAGCAUGGUGAACAGCCAGAGCCGUAUCUUAAGGAUCUGCCCCUCCGGGAAAGGAGCACAGUUCAAGGAUUCGAACACAUUGUGGAUUGGAAACCAGAAUGGUCAACCAGAGCAUGGACUCUCCAAGAGCUCGUCAUGAGCAAGACCACCUUCUACGUGAAUGCGGACUGGGCCACUAUCAGCCGCCCAGUUGAGAGCCUCGGUUAUCUCUAUCAUCUCGUUCCUUUCAUUGCUCUAUACACGCAACGAGACAAACAGAACUUCUUCGCCUUUGGCGACGGCACUCUAACCGCUGAAGUUCUUCGAGACCUGCUGGCCGGCUACGUUCCUGAUGAGAUGAAGUACAUUCAUGAGUGGACCGAGAAAGAGCACACAAGUCCGCCGAACCGGGAAACGGGGGGUGCUGGUGACGUGAUGAGCAAGGCAAAGAUAGAGACUGCUCAGAUCGAGAGGGCGCAUCUCCUGAUAAUGCUGCUUCACAACCUGGGCGUCCAAUUUCCAGGAGAUCUGGCGAUGGAGACAGCCACUUCACAGCUGGCGCAUGUGGUAUACAACGCAGCCGUGGACCUCGUCGAGGGCGGCGAGGAUGAUCCAAAAACUAUCCUUCUCGCCCGUCUUACGCAUCAUGUGCUGAAGAAAAAGGUGGAGAUUGGAGAAGAAGACGCUCUUAACGCCAUCAACUUCGUGCUUCGAUGUUUGGUUGACGAGACCCUACAGCUCGUCCUGGACGACAGGAAAUACGUGGCCAAGUUCAGCAAAGUGGAGAAGCUGGGCGACUGGCAGGACGGGAAGAAGCGGUGUGGCUUUUCUGCAGAAAACGUACUCGAGGCCUCUGGAUGUCGAAGGGCAACAGUCGCCAUUGACCGCGCUUAUGCUCUGAUGGGCGUCCUGGGCGUGCGGUUUCCUACCUUUCCUGCAGAAGGCUAUGCCACGGCACUGGCACGGCUGCUGGAUCAGGUUAUCAUCACCCACAAUGAUGUCUCAGUUUUCAACUGGACUGGAAUGGCCGCGGGGAGUCCCGUCCGCGGUCGUUCUUUAUACCCAUCUUCACAACAAGCUUAUGGCAACCAAAAGGACCAUGGCAAACAUUACAACCUCCAGCUCUCUCAGGUUACUCAGGGCAAGAUGGACGAGAUCAUGAAGACUUAUGGCGAAACCAUCUCCGUGCUGCGACGAGCUAUUGAUGCAGUCAAAGACAAGGAUCAAAAGGACAUUCCGUUUGACUGGAUUGUUGGAGUUAUUGGCGUGGUGCGGGGGUCCGACUUUCACCAGCUGAAGGAGCGUUUCAUCAGCGUUGGAAAGGUCGUGGCUUAUAUUCUCAAGCAUUGCGUGAAGAAGGUUGCUGAGAAGAGAGCGGUACCUGGAGAAGCCCCGGCCAGUGGCGGUGAUGGUACCGUCCUUGAGCGCAGGGGCACAGGGCUAACAGGAGGGCUCACCAAAGGCUUCUCAUUUUCAUCUCUUCCUAGCCCAACAAUGUCGCUGCCGAGCCCAUCUCUGUCGCUCCCGAGUCCGUCGCUGUCGAUAUCGGGAUUCAAGAUCGGCAUAGGAGGUUCAAAGAAGGAGGAGCCAGUUGUGGAGUCGCCCAAGAAAGCCUCCAGGCUCUCUUCGUUCACGAAGAAGUCUUCUUCUUUUGGUAUCGGCAGAGCGACACCGGACCUGGCUGCUGAGUCUGCCCCAUCGCCAAUUGUUGAAGCCCCUCCACCGGUACCACCAACACUUCAGGCCCUCACAAACGAGAAUGUCUUGUCAGAUGGCCCGUCAAGGCCAGAGUGGGUGCCCUAUGACUCUGAGGUCAAGGGGCACCUCGAGUAUCUCUCUGCGUCGGUGGAAGACAUACAAGAAAGAAAUCUUCAACCAAAGGAAUUGCCGAAGACCAUUCUCGAUGUUGACCACAAGUCAGUCCUUGCCGAGCUGGAUCAGCACUCGAAGAAGGCCGAUGUCAAGACUCGCCUCGGCUUCGGUUUCGACUUUGACGAGAGUAGCACGAUUUGCCCGAACCCCAUCAUCGUCAACAACUCCGGAAUAGAAAGUCUAUUCGAUAUUCAACGAGUCAUUGUCACCUUCAUGGAUUGCGAUCGGCUGCGAGCCCGGAUUGCCAAGGCUGUGACACCGAAGGACAGGAUUUCGGGUUGGUGCUCGAUCAGUACCGGAUUUGCCAGAGUGAUUUCGAGCUUCUCGUGUGAGAAGAGGCUGUUGGAGCAGGAGCUGAAUGCGGUGGAGGGGAUUGAAAGUCGGGUGUUGAAGGAGCAACACAAGAGCAAGGCGGAGAAGAGGUCGGCUCAAAUAGGAGCUGAGGUGGUGGCAUCUCCAAUCAGCCCCGCAAAUGGCGGGGAGACGUUGGAAAGGGGACAAGAGGAAAAGAAGGGCGACAGUUUGGUUGAUAUUGACAAGGAAACGGACGAGGAACGGUUGGUCAGUAGAAUGAUCGAGUUCAUUCAGGAGCCGCAACUGGAGUUGGUGGCAGGAGAAUGGGUGCUCGCUCGCUUCUCAGGAGUGCCGGGUGCCAAGUGGUUUCUUUGCCAUCUCGAGCUGGGCUCCGCUCGCGGCAAAUUCUAUGGACACCGCAUCCCCACCGGUGAGAUUGAUUUUACCAAUUCUACGCCAGAGCCCGGUUUAGUGAAAGCGUGGCAAGUCUACAUGGAGCGCAAGAAGAGCAAGAUGUGCCACCUUCUUGAGCGCUAUCUUAAGAGCCGGGAGAACGCAAAACAUGGAGAGGCCAAGCUCAAGCAGGCGAAGAAGACUCUCGCCGACGUAGCUGCUGGGGUUAUGCCAGAGGGACACAGUAUGGACGACGACGACGAAGAAGGGACUGUCGUCGACAAAGACAGCGAGUCUGAAGAUGAGGAAUCAACUCUCUUCGAUGCUGAUGAAAAGGACGAGGAAGGUGGUUCGUCAUGGAGAAAGUUCAAGGAACAGAGCAAGGAGGCCGCCAGGGAGCUGGGAGAGUUCACGGUGUUUUUGGCGCAAGAGAAGUUUUGGUUGUGGAGGGCAGAGAGGCUUGAGCGAAAAUUGAGCACGGCGGUGUUGAAGAGAACACCGGCAAUCCUAAGGACGGCUGUGGAGAAUGUGAGUGACAACAAGGGGUUGUUGCCGGGAAUGUAUCAUUCCGCUGUGGGGGUGCAUAUGUUUUAG